AUGGCUGUGAUCUCUGACAUUCCCGACGGCGAUCACGGCGGAGCUCCAAACAAGAAACCGCAAGAACAACCCGGAGAAGUGAAUACAGCCACUUCUUUGGAAUCAUUACCCGACGUUCUCAUCGAGCACAUCGUCGCAAGAGUCCCGAGAACUAACCACCCGGAGAUAUCACUCGUCUCCAAACUCUUCCGUCGCAUCAUCGCUUCGCCGGAACUCCGCCUCACGCGAUCCCACCUCGCCAUCUCCGAACACGUUCUUUACGCCUUGCUCGCGUUCCCUCCUCACCCCCCGAGCUGGUACAUCCUCAACGCUUCUUUACGGCUGCGCAGAGUCAACACGCUCCCUCCCAUGCCUUCUGGCUCCGCCGUCGUCACCAUCGGACACGAGAUAUACGUCAUCGGCGGAAGCAACGGCAGCGAAUACUUAACGAGCGUAACUGUCGUCGACUGCAGAACACACACGUGCCGGUCUCUCCCGAGCAUGAGAAGCGCUCGAUACCGCGCAGCCGCGGGGGUCAUUGACGGGAAGAUCUACGUAAUGGGAGGUUGCGUGAAUCGAUCUGGUCGAUUUCGUGUUGAAACGUUUGAUCUUGAGAGACAGAUUUGGCUUGGAUCGCAAAUUAAUUCUCUUUGGAGAGAUAUCGUGACAUAUGAUGUUAUGAAAGAGAAGAUUUAUGUUUUGGGUCGUCAACAGUGUUUAGGCGUUUACAACCCUAAAGAAGGUACACUACAAUCAUAUCUUGGUCGAUGUAACUUGGGAGGUUUGUGGCAAGCGUCUUCAUGUGUGGUUGAUGAUUUGUUGUAUACCAUUGAUCCUGGGUGUUCGGUUUGGACUCCAAUAAUCGUGUUUGAUCCAGAGGUCAAUGCUUGGAAACCUGUGAAAGGUGUAUGUGGUUUGCCUCCUUGUCUCUAUUGGUAUGCUUACGAGUCUAAAAUGGCGAAUGUUGGUGGGAAGCUGGUGAUCCUGGUCGGUAAUCAGAGCCAGUUGUUCAAUUAUUAUGGGGAGAAAUAUAUCUGGUGCGUGGAGAUAGCUUUGGAGAGACGUCAUGGAUAUGAGAUAUGGGGAAAAGUUGAAACAGUUGAGGUUGUGUUUGAAACUACCGAGUCCACCACGCCUAUCAUUGAGCUUUGUCGAAGUGUUAUCGUCUGA